GAUAUUUAAAAACAAAAAUCAUACAUCAGAUAAAUUAGUGAAAAAAAAACAAAUUUUUUAUAAAAAUAAAAUUUGUACUGGAAUAAUUUUUUUUUGUGACAAUAUAGUGCAACUUGUAAAUAAAUAUCAAUAUGGCUUUAACUUUGGGAAAUGUUUUCUUCGGAAACUCCUGCUAGUCAAACAGAAGAGACUGCUUUAUAUAUUAUAGAUCAAGGUUAUAAAAUACAUAAAAUGGAACCUGUUAAGAAGUCACGCGUUUAUUUGGCUGCUAUAGCCGCCAAUUUAUCAAGUUUUGCAAUUGGAACAUGUUUAGGAUGGACAUCACCAAUUAUGCCAAAAUUACAACAUUUCACACCAGAUAGUCCAAUUGAUGCUAUUGAUAAAGAACAAGAAGCAUGGAUAUCGUCAUUGAUAGCGAUUGGUGCUUUAGUUACUCCCUUCAUUGCGGGUCCACUUGCUGAUUUUAUUGGUCGCAAAUGGACAAUGCUGUCAAGUACCCUUUUCUUUCUUGCAUCGUAUUUCCUUAUGAUUUACGCCACCGAAGUAGAACAUAUCUAUCUCUCCCGUUUGAUAAUGGGUUUCGGAGUUGGUUUUGUAAUGACUGUCCAGCCAAUGUACGUAGGUGAAAUUGCCACUGACGAUACCCGAGGAGCUUUGGGAUCCUUAAUGCAACUUUUCAUAGUUUCUGGAAUCCUUUAUGUCUACGCUAUUGGACCAUUUGUCAGCUACCUAACCUUACAAUACAGCUGCAUAGUAAUUCCCGUAAUCUUUGCUUUGAUCUUCGUUUUCCUCCCGGAAAGUCCUUAUUACUACGCCGGAAAAGGCAAAAAGGAAGAUGCUAUCAAAUCUCUUCAAUUCCUUCGUGGACGAAGUGCUGAAGGAGUUCAGGAAGAAAUGACAGCAAUUCAAGCUUCAGUCGAUGAAUCAGCAGCCAAUAAGGGGACCGUUACAGAUGUUAUCAAAAACAAGGGAAAUCGUAAGGCUUUGCUGAUUUGUGCUGGUCUCAUUGCCUUCCAACAGUGUUCCGGUAUCAACGUUGUACUCUUCAACAGUCAGACUAUCUUCAUAAACGCCAAUACCGGAAUUGAUCCAGCGAUAGCAACCAUCAUCAUUGGAUGUGUUCAAGUGGGAUCGAGUGCAUUAACUCCCUUCAUUGCUGAUCGAAUGGGUCGUAAGGUGAUUCUAUCAAUCUCAGCUGCUUUAAUGAGCAUUUCAUUGGCUGCUUUGGGAGGAUUUUUCUAUGCCCAAUCAAAUGGUGAAGCAGCUGAUCUUCUUUGGCUACCAGUACCAGCUUUGAUUGUUUUCAACAUUGUCUAUUGCAUUGGUUUCGGCCCGUUGCCAUGGGCAGUUUUGGGUGAAAUGUUCCCUGGAAAUGUCAAAUCAAUUGCUUCGUCGAUUGUUGCAUCAACUUGUUGGAUAUUUGGAUUUGUGAUUACAAGAUAUUAUCCAGCUUUAGAUGCUUUGGGAGCAUUCUAUGCCUUCUGGUUGUUUGGUAUAUUCUGUGCUCUAGGAUUCUUCUUUGUUAUCCUGGUUGUAAUGGAGACUAAGGGAUUGAGUUUACAACAAAUUCAAGAUAAAUUAAAUUGUAAAAAGGAAGAUAAACCUUAAGAAAAGAUGCCAAAGAAUUAGUAGUUAAUUUAAGAAACGAAUAAAAAAGAAUAUACAUUUUUAUAUAAAUGUACAAGUUAUGUAAUAAGUUAAGAAUGAAUCUUCAUAGAUCAAUUAGGAACUUAAUAUUGUGUUUGUUAUUUGUUGUUCGUAAUAAUUUGUCAAUAGUAUUGUUAACUUUUAAGCUUAGAUACCUCCACACACUAUUAAUAUAAUUUGAAAAUGUUAUUAAUGUUUAAAUAUUUUAAAUAUACAAGAGUAUACGUAAUUAA